CUUUCCCUCCCGCCUCCGUGGCCACAUCGACGCGUUUUCCUUUCGCACUCUCCCCUUUUGCACUCACGCACUUCAUCAUGACAAACGGCACUUCCACCGUCAAUCCUUCCGAGGUCGGCUGGCAAUUCGUUCCUCAGUACUACACCUUCGUCAACAAGCAACCCAAUCGUUUGCAUUGCUUCUACACUAAAGCUUCUACUUUUAUACACGGCACCGAGGGCGAGGACGGCAAGCCAUGUUACGGUCAACAGGAGAUUCAUAAUAAGAUCACCUCGAUUGGAUUCCAAGACUGCAAGGUCUUUAUCCACUCUGUUGAUGCGCAAUCAUCUGCCAAUGGUGGGAUUAUUAUCCAAGUCAUUGGCGAGAUGUCAAAUAAGGGCGAGCCAUGGCGAAAGUUCGUCCAGACCUUCUUCCUCGCCGAGCAGCCCAACGGCUACUUCGUCCUCAACGACAUCUUCCGCUUCUUGAAGGAAGAGGCUGUCGAAAGUGACGACCAGGCGAGUGAGGUCGAUGCCACUGCUCCCUCCCAGCAACCACAAUCUGUCCCUCCUGUACCACUUUCUCCUACUCCGCCACCACCACCUGCAGAACUGCAGCCGGAGCCGCCAGUGACUCCCACUCCUCCGCCUGCAUCAAAACCCGCUGAGGAGGCCCCAGCACCGGCAGCACCCUCGCCUGCACCGGAACCCCAGACCAACGGUGUCCACGCGCCCGAGCCAGAAGUCGAGCCAGCACCUGCGCCCGUGGAGAGGUCGCCCUCCCCCGCGCCUGAGCCGCCCGCUACUGCUUCUCCACCCCCGGUCUCGCCGCCGGCCCAGCAUGAGCCUCUGCCGUCUGUACCAGCUCCUGCUCCUGUUGCUGCGCCUGCGCCAGCCCCGCCUGCACACGUUCAUCCGCCUGCACCUGCCCCAGCCGCUCCGCAGCCCAUGCAGCCGCCCCAGCGUAAGACCUGGGCCAACCUCGCUGCGAAGGACUCCAACAAGUGGGGCGCCGCGGUAGCGAACGAAGUGCGUGGCGUGAGCGAGGCCCCGGUGACCGCUGUGCCAGCACCGCUGAGUGGACCUCAGUCGCCUGCGCCGCAUGUAACGACGCGCCCGACGGUCCCCCGGGAUCAGCCACAUCCGGCGCUGCUCGCAGCUCAGAACGUGCAAACUGCGCAGUGCUUCGUUAAGAGCGUGACCGAGAACAUCCCCGACUCUGCUCUGCGGAAUACGCUCAUCCAGCGCUUCGGCCCCGUCAAGGAGCUCGAGAUUCUGCGCGCUAAGGCGUGCGCGUUCCUCGAGUUCACGCAGCUCGAGGCUGCGCGCCGUGCGAUCGCCGCGUCGUUGCCGAUCGGCCAGGGCGGUGAGGGUGGUAUCCGGAUAGACCUCGAGGGCGGGGGACAGGGCCGCAUCAUCGUUGAGACACGGAAGGAGCGUGGCGAACGCCCGCCCCCACGUGGUCCCCCGAUGAACGGCGGUGACAGAGGACGGGGUGGAUUCCGCGGCCGCGGUGGCCCCGGUGGCGGACGCGGACGUGGCGGGCCGAUGCCGCCAAAGUAA